CCCGAAUCGGUGUUUCUCCUAAUAGCCUCUUGUACUCUCCCCCGUCUCUCGCCUUUCUCCCUCGCUCGGCUCCGGCUUUUGGGAAUUCGGGAGAAGAAGGGUUUUGGCGAUCGCAUUCCCCACCAGGUAUAUUUGGCUGGUUCACAGUUCCUGAUUUGGCAUUGUGGCAUUGGUCCAUCUUUAAAAUACCAGUUGUGUGCUUGGCGUACGAUGAAUUAAUCAAAUCUUUUGGCCUUCAAAUGAAGAAUGCUCAUCAGAACAUAGUUUUUGAAGUGAAAUUUGCAGUACAAUGAGUAGACCGAAUACUCGCAACAAGAAUAAGAGGCAAAAAUCCGAAGACAGCAGUGAUGCGUCCUCUGUGACUCUGAGGAAAAUACACUUAACUGGUGCAGCUACCAAAGAUGAUAUAAGGCGGCUUUAUUCUGUAUUAAAGCCUAUUUGUCAAGGUUGCCGUGGAAAUUCAAAAGAUUCCCCUAAUUGCUUUUGUGGGCUGAUUCCACCACCUAAUGGAACAAGGAAAACUGGAUUAUGGCAAAGGAUGCCAGAAAUCAUCCUUUCUCUUGGUCCAAAUCCUUGCAAGGAUCUUCGUUCUUCAACAGAUACUCCAGCUGGCCUGACUAAUUUGGGCGCCACCUGCUAUGCUAACAGCAUACUUCAAUGCCUUUAUAUGAAUACAUCAUUUCGCACUUGCAUAUUCUCUGUUGAACCUGACUUUUUGAAGCAACAUCCUGUCUUAGAUCAGCUUGCAAGGUUAUUUGCACAGCUGCACUCCAGCAAAAUGUCAUUUAUUGACUCAGCGCCAUUCAUUAAAACCUUGGAGCUGGACAAUGGUGUUCAGCAGGAUAGUCAUGAAUUUCUUACCUUAUUUCUUUCUUUAUUGGAACGGUCUUUAAGUCAUUCACAGGUUGCCAAUGCUAAAACUGCGGUGCAAGAUUUAUUCCGGGGGCGUGUAUCACAUGUGACCCGGUGCUCAGUGUGUGGUAAAGAUUCUGAAGCAUCUUCAAAAAUGGAAGACUUUUAUGAGCUUGAGUUGAACAUAAAGGGGUUGAACAAUUUAGAUGAAAGUUUAGAUGAUUACCUAACUCUGGAAGAAUUGAAUGGAGAAAAUCAGUAUUUCUGUGAUUCAUGUGGCAGAAGAGUUGAUGCUACACGUUGCAUUAAACUUCGUUCACUUCCUCAGGUGCUCAAUUUCCAGUUAAAACGUUAUGUUUUCCUCCCAAAGACAACAACUAAGAAAAAAAUAACUUCAGCCUUUAGUUUUCCAAGAUGGUUGAACAUGGGAACAAGGUUAUCAAAUCCCUCCCAGUCAGGUUUGAUUUAUGAGCUUUCAGCAAUUCUGAUUCACAAGGGUACUGCUGUUAAUAGUGGCCACUAUGUGGCCCAUAUUAAAGAUGAAAACAGUGGGCACUGGUGGGAAUUCGAUGAUGAGCAUGUGUCUAAGUUGGGCUGUCACCCUUUUGGAGAAGUCUCAAACACUAAGUCCCAUACAAAGGCCCAGCUGGCUUAUUCUGGGCCACUGGAAUCUGCUUCCAUCGGUAAUCUUGUAGAUGAUAAUCUACACACCUCAGAAUUCCAUGCCUUAAUGCAGGAAGAGUUCUUUUCGUCAACUGAUGCAUAUAUGUUGAUGUAUAAUCUUAGAACUGAGAAAGAAAACAAAGACAACUUGAACAAGAUCAAUAAGAGGGAUCUUGAGGCAAGAAGCAAUUCUCUUCCAUCCUAUCUUUAUGAAGAGAUUCAAACUUUAAAUGCCUCUUAUGCAAGUGCUUGUGAGGAAUACCAAAAGAGAAAAGACAGUCAGGUUGCAUAUAUAACUGAACGACGUGAGGAAGUGAAGUUGGUUCUCUCGAAAGCCCCUGCUGACCUACUUGAUGAUUCAUAUUUUUGGAUUUCAGUGGAGUGGCUUCGUCUAUGGGCUGAUAGUAUUAAUCCUCCUUGCAUCGACAACAGCACACUUCAGUGUGUACACGGAAAAAUUCCUAUUGCAAAAGUGACUUCCAUGAAGCGGCUGUCAAAUACAGCUUGGCAGAUGCUGUUUUCUCACUUUCUGAUUUAUUGCACCAUUUCCUAUUGGUUGCUCUCAUCUGCACCUAAACAGUAUGGAGGCGGCCCAACAUUGACCAGCAAUGAUGUUUGCGCUGAUUGUUUAAGAGAUGAGGCAAAAAAUGCAGUAUGUGCAGAUGACUAUCGUGAUCGGAAAGCUUCCUUAAAGCAACUUGCAGAAGCAGCCCUUGCUGGAAAUUGCCCAGAUGGCCCUUCAUAUUAUGUAUCUAGGGCAUGGUUGGUACAGUGGCUGCGUAGAAAAAAUGCUGAUUUUCCUUGUCCCACUGAUUCUGGACCGACGGCUCCCCUUCGAUGCUCUCAUGGAAACCUUCUUCCAGAACAAGCUGCUGGGGCAAAGCGUGUGCUGGUUCCUGAGAGCCUCUGGAUAUUUUUCUUUGAGACUGCCAUUUCAUCCAGAUCUGAUGACUUAUUGGGUUUUUCAACAUUCUCUUCUGAUUCUGAGCCAUGUGAAAUUUGCAGUAGGGAAUUGAAGGAAGUUGCAUGCAUGGAGGAUUGCCUUAGAGCAUCCAAGCUUAAGCAACGACAAAAUCAUGAGAAGUUGGUUACGGCGAAAACUUUUGCACUUCACCCUGGAUGCAAGUACUUCUUAGUCCCUUCAUCAUGGCUAGCAAAAUGGAGGGCUUAUCUGACAGCAACUGGAAAAAAUGUCUCUACUUGUGCAGAACCUGAAAAUCUAGAAGUGAUCAUUGAUUCACUUGUAUGUCAGAAGCAUUCCCGGUUGCUCGAAAGGCCUCUUGAACUAGUUUGCAAGCGUGGUGUUAUCACCCAGAAAAUGUCUACUACAGAUGGGUUAGUACUUAUUACAGUGAUGGAUUGGUCACUAUUUUGCGAAGAGUGGAAUGCUAAAGAGGACAAAGGCAUAUCUGCUGAAAUUGUAGUUCUCAGCAGCCCUGCAAUUAAAUUAAGUGGUUCCUGUGAUGACAUGCCAAUAUCGGAUGAGGAUUUGGACCACUCAACAGAUGAAGCAAAUGAUGGCUUGGAGGCUAGAAAGUUGCUUAUUAAAACUUAUCCAGAGACAUGUGAAUAUUGUAUUGGAGAAAGAGAGAGCUGUGAAUUGAUGCGCAAGCUCAAUUAUUGUGAUGAAGCUAUUUGUGUGUAUCUUGUGCGUGGAAAGGAAGUUCCAAAGUCCAUCAUGGAAGCCUCUGCAUCUGCUUCUGAGCCGGAUCGUCGCACUUCCAAGCGAUCCAGGAAAACAUCAUUUGGUAACUCGGUCAACUUAAGAGUUUCAGGAACCACAUCCAUCUACCAGUUGAAAAUGAUGAUUUGGGAAGCUUUUGGGGUUGUCAAGGAGAACCAAAAGCUUCACAAAGGUUCCACAGAGAUUGAUGGUGAUUCUGCCACCCUAGCUGACAAGAACAUUUUUCCAGGAGAUGUUCUCUGGGUCACAGACUCUGAGAUUUAUGAGAAUCGUGAUAUAGCCGAUGAACUUUCAGCACAGAAGUUUGAUUCCAGACAAGCUGAGGAAGGCUUCCGGGGAACACUUUUGUCGUCAGAUGUCCCAAUUCAUAGCUUUGAGGAUACUUGAUGGCCUUUUGGUCUCUUCAACCGAAUGGGUGCAUCUUGUGCUUUCACAUCUGAUGGUGGUCACCAGGAAUGGUGUCCUUGAGAAUUUCUAGGUUGAGAUGCGGAGUUGGGGGACUGAUGGACAAAGCUAGCUACUCAGUCGAUGAUGAUGAUGAUGAUGAUGAUGAUUGUUGGUUGUUUAACCAAAUCAUUAGAAGCAAACCCCUGUGUUUUGUAAUUUGAGGAAUUUUGGAAAGAAAAAGAGAAAUGUGAGAACCUGUGUGUAUGUAGCAGCGCCGGGUUUUUGAUAAUUUUGCAUACACAGCACUAGUUUUAACUUUA